AUGAAGACUAAGAAGACUACGCGAUCCAGAACCGGCUGUCAUAACUGUAAGAGGCUUAAGGUUAAAUGUGACGAGGAGAAACCCUCCUGCUCAGCCUGUUUGAAAACGUCUGUUCAAUGUGACUAUUCUAUGAAGUUAACUUGGGGUGGGAGGCCAUACAAGAACACUGAAAGGAAAAGGAACUCUAUACAGGCACAUUUGAGUGGAACUCAAGUGAAAAGUGAAACACCUGAUGACUUCAACUCUAGUGGUAGUACACCUACUACAAGUAUACAAUCUCUCCUGUUUGUAGUUGAAGAUUUGGCACCCAAGAAGAAGAAACGUGGGAACUCCUCAGGUAAGGUAUACGAAAGUGAAAUGACCCAGUCAAAGUCAGAUUCAUUUGUUAGGGUAGAACCGACAACAAUGAAAAGAACUCUGACAGACUUCAAAGAUAACUCAUCUAAAUUCUUACGGGAAGUUUCUCCACUUAACACACCACAAGAAGAAGCAUUAUUAAAUAGUUUCAGCAUGCAAGACGGACCAGAUAAAUACUCUCUUGUUGAUAUAUUUCCUGGAAUAUCUGAUGGGAUCGAGAGUCUCUCACAGGCACUUGAAAAUAUAAGUGGAGGGAAUUUAUUCAAUAUUCAAAAUUCUGAGAUUUUUAACAGUUUUGUAUUGUCCAACAUAGACCACCCGAUGAUAGAAGAAAAUGAAUCUCUUAGAGAGGCAGCUAAUCCCGUAACGGAGACGAAACCUUCAAUACCAGUGGCAUCUACAAAAAUGAAUUGGGAAUCACAUCAAUUGGAUAAUUAUUCCUCAGAUUUGGCUAAAAUUGAGAAGGUUUUACCACCUAGAUCAAAGUACAUUGCCGCAGAAUUUCUAGCCGAUUCUACAGAGCCACUGCCGACAUCUGUACCGAAGUAUUCACCAGAUUGGCAGAAAGAAAUAGGAUUACAAACAAACAAGACACCGGUGCCAUACACAUUCUCAACUUUGGAGGCAUUUGAACCAAUUCCAGCCCAGAUAACGCCUCUUCCUGACAUAUUACUCCAAGUUCCAUAUUAUCGUGGACUUUUCCACUUUUGGGUCAAUGUAGCUUCAGAUCUACUUGUACCUGCUCCCUCAAAGCUUUAUCAUGAAAAUCCAUUUAAAGUUAUACUACCUCGAAUGGCGAUGGAAAGUCAAUCCAUUCUCACAACUCUUUUGGCAUUCUCUGCAUCAGUCAAGGAACAAUAUACUACAUCAUCCUGUGAACAAUCCAAAGUUAUCAUAGAACAGCUUUUGACGAGAUCAUGUAGUGAACUCUUGAAAUUGCUCCAAGAUAAAAAGCAAGCGACAUCAGAUGCUGCCCUUGCCACAGUAUUAUUGUUGUCAUGUAUAGAGGUCUCUACUGGAGGAGAUUUUGAUAGACAUCGAGCACAUACAAUCGGGGCAAGACAAAUCAUUCUUUCCCGAGGAUUGAGGUUACCAACGGAAAGAUUGCAACUUUCAUCAACAAGAGAUCAAGACAAUCAAGACAAAAAUGAUUUCGAUAAAGAACUGAAGGACUCAAUUGACGCACCAAUCACUCCUGGCCUGGUAAUUAGUGUUUCAGAGGCAAGCACAUCCGAGUCCGAUGUGACCUUCUUCCUAAUGAGAUGGUUUGCAUAUGUAGAUGUGAUAGGGGCACUUUCUGCCACGAAAAAGUCACAUAACUAUUUAAGUUAUAAGCAAAGUGAGGACUUAUUUAAUGAUCCUUCUUCCAUGGAAAAGAUACUUGCAAAGUCGGGCCAUAUAGAUCAUUUACUAGGGUUUGAUUUGGAUUUUCUCCCUUUACUUGCUGACAUUGCAUUACUUAUCAGAAAAACAAACGCAUAUCUAUCGACUUCAAAUUCAAGUCCAGAUAUGCUUCCGUUAUCGAUUAUUUCUAAAGCUAUGGAAGUUAAAGAAUACAUGACCACUGCAUAUGCUGUAGGUGAGUCCAAAAGACAGGCAAGAGUGGAUAGAACGGUACAAAAACAACAACAGCAGAAGGAAAAACUCGAAGGACCAAAUUGCUCGCCUGCAAAUGUCAGUGGUAUAUUGGAAAAGGAUAGUGUCCUACGUUCUGUGAAUAAGAUAUUCUUCAAUAUGGGACUUCUUAACUUGUACAGAAGAGUGCUUAUGGUCGAUAGAAAAUCAUUUUUAGUGCAAGAUUUAUGCGAAGAGAUUGGUGAUACUCUUCAAUUGAACAUUGAACCUAAAUCUCCUGCUGAAAUUUGUUCCAUCUUUUGCACCUUUUGUGCAGCCUGUGAGACAACCAACCCAGAAAUGCAGGCCCUCUUCCAUGCUAGAUUUACCACAUUAGAAGAAAUGGGACUUUCUAAUGCUACAAGUGUACUACAGAUUAUGGAAAAAUGUUGGGAAACUGGAUCCGAAUGGAUGAAAGUUGCUACGGAAUUAGAUAUUGAUUUUACAUUAUUAUAA